GUGGCGCAGUUUAUAGCGCACAGAGAGCCAGGAUCAGAUUAAAGCCGUUUCAAUGCAUUACAGUCAGCCGUUAUCACCGCGGAGAUGGACGCCAACGACCUGUUUUCCAGCUGCAGGAAGGGAGACGUUGCUAGAGUCAGGUACCUGGUUGAACAGAGAGAUGUGGAACUGAACAUCAGAGAUAACUGGGACAGUACGCCUCUGUACUAUGCCUGUCUGUGUGGGCACGAGGAGCUGGUGCAGUACCUGCUGGCCAACGGAGCGAAGUGUGAGGCGAACACGUUCGAUGGCGAGCGAUGUCUGUACGGCGCUCUGAGCGACUCCAUCCGCCGCCUGCUGAAGGAGUACAAACGCAUCACAGCCAAAACCAUGCAGAGGGAUUAUUAUGAUCAGUUCCUACAGACGUUGCUGGAGCAGGGUUCCUACAGUGACGUGGUGUUCGUGGUACACGGUGAGAUGUUCCACACCCACCGCUGCGUCCUCAGCGCCCGCUCAGAAUACUUCGCCCACAUGCUGGAGACCAAGUGGAAGGGAAAGAGCCUGAUCACGCUCAAACAUCCACUGGUGAACCCGGCUGCGUUCGCUGCCAUCCUGCAGUACUUCUACACAGGUCGUCUGGACAUCGACGUGAGCUACGUGGAGGACUGUAAGCGUCUGGCUAAGCAGUGUAAGAUCAGUGAGCUGAUCGAGGAGCUGGAGGUGAAGUGUAAACAGAUGCAGGAGUUCGUGUCCAAUAAGCCGGGGACGUGUGUGAAGGUCCUGACUCUGGACCCUCAUGACUGGCAGCUGCAGGAUGGCAUGGCUCUGUUAGCGGACAGCGCUCUACCCGCCGAGCUGAGGGUGGGGUAUGGGCAGCUUCCCUUUGAUCUCACCGACAGUUUCCCCAGUUACCCCGACGUCUGCUUCAGGGUGGGGGGUUACGACUUCCUGUGUCACAAGGCGUUCUUCUGUGGUCGCAGUGAUUACUUUAAGGCUCUAGUGGAGGAUCAUUUCAGUGAGGGUGAAUCCCUGCAGUCCCAUCCUGAAAUCCCAGUGAUCACUUUACACGACGUCUCACACGAGCUCUUCACCAAGAUCCUCUAUUACAUCUACAGUGAGGACACACAGCUGUCCCAUGACAGUGUGUAUGAGGUGUUGUGUGUUGCAGACAUGUACCUGUUACCGGGUCUGAAGCGACUGUGCGGUCGGACGCUGGCGGCGCUGCUCAGUGAGGAGAACGUGCUGCACAUGUGGAAAACCGCCAAACUCUUCAGCCUGUCACGCCUGGAGGACCAGAGCACCGAGUUCAUGGCCAAGAUCAUCGAGAGGCUGGUGGACAGGGUGGAGUUCGGCGAGCUGAUCCGGGAGGACGCGGCGAGCGUGGCGGCGCGGCAGGAGACGGACUCCAUCCCUCUGGUGGACGACAUCCGGUACCACAUCAGCAGCGACGUUCAGACCUACAGCGCCAUCGAGGAGGCCGAACAGAAACUGCACGCAUUAGAACUCCUACUCAACCACAUCGGCCUGGACUGUUAGAGACACACACAGACACAUACAGACACACUGAGACACAGACAGAUACAGACAGACACACUGAGACACAGACAGAUACAGACAGACACACUGAGACACAGACAGAUACAGUUUUACAUAAACAAAGACAGACAGACACACUGAGACACAGACAAAUACACACAGACACACUGAGUCAAGAGACAGACACAGAGAUUAGACACAAGGUUAGGGUUUUACAUAAACAAAGACAGACAGACUGAGAUAGACAGAAAGACAGACAUACAGGCACAGACAAACACAGACAGAAAGAUAGACAGUGAGAUAGAAAGAAAGACGGACACACAAACACAGACAGAUACAGACAAAAACAGACCAGACAGACAGGAAGACCAAGAGAUAAUAAGUAAGACAGACACAGAGACAGACAGACAGACUGAGAUAGACAGAAAGACAGACAGACAGGCAGAUAGACAGACAGACAGAGACACACACUGAAACACAGACAGAAAGAUUAACAGAUCGAAAGAAAACAGACACAGACAGACAGAUUAUAAGAAAGACGGACACAAAUACAGCCAGACAGAUUGAAAUAGACAAACACAGACAGACGCAGUCAGAAAGACAGACGCAUAGAAAGAAAAACAAAUACAGACAUACAGACAAAAACAGACACAGACAGAAAGAAAGACAGAUAAUAAGAAAGAUGGACACACAUACAGACACAGACUGAGACAGACCGAUAGAAAUAUACAAAGAAAGACAGACAGAUAAUAAGAAAGACACAGACUGACAGACAAUUAGAUAGAAAGAAAGACAGACACACAGACAGAUCCAGACAGACAGAUGUUAGCUGUAGUGCUUUCCGCUCUGUAAUGUGAGGUUAGAUAUAGAAUGAAUCUAUAUGCUCAGUGUGCUGUGUGGUAUCAUCUGUAAUAUCUCACCAGCGCUUAUAAGCACUUAUAGCAUCACACACACACAGCAGCUCAUGAACACAGUAGUGAACGUGCAGCUCCGUGAGGAAAAGCUUUGAGUUUAGUUUAGAUUCUCAGUUUGGAGAAUGAGAGAGAUUCAGUGAGGCGAGACGCUGAGACCUGCUGCAGUUUAUUAUUAUUAGAUGAGUUUUGUUUACAAGUUUAUAACCUGAAUUAUGUUUAAACUAGACGUGGCUGUUUUGAGGGGGUUUGUUCUAGUUUUGAUGGUUUAGUUUGUGAUAUCGGGGGGCGCAGUGGUAAAUCACGCGAGUCCAUUACUGCUGGGAUUCAGGGUUCCAGUCUGCAGCGGUGCUAUCUGCCGGUCGGGCGUUUACGUUCAGCCCUGAUUAGCUGUACAAACAAUGGAGUUUUGCUGCAUUGAGGACCAGACCCACCACGUACCUGACCAGGAUGGAGCUGUGAUAGAACAUGAGAACUAAAAUAAGAAUAAUUGUGUGAAUCUGAAUGACGAGGUCACGUACACGGUGGGUGUGGUUCAGUUUGCUGAGAGUCUCAAAAUGUUUAAAGAAGCUCGUCUGAGUUCUCGUGUGUUUAAAGGUGAAUAGAAACGAACGUGGAGAGAUUUUGCGUCAGAAAUAUUUAAAUCCAUCAGUAACGGAGCUGCGUGAUACAGAACAGUCGUUUAUUAGUGACGUGUUCGUCUGGUGCUUUAUUAUUUAUGUUUUACUUUAGUGCUUUUAUUUAAAAAUGCUUUCAGUUUGUUUUGUUUUCAUUAUAAAGAAAUAAUUCUGUCCUAAAUAAUAUUUUGCAUGAUUUUUAUUGGAAAAAAGGAAUCGUGACCCGUGAUUUAGAUUCUCUAUACAUGAUGCGGCUCUCUGUGUGUCCCCGCCUUUGACAGGUGAAAAGAAGUGGUCGGGGACUGCAGGUAUGUCGGAGGAAGUGAGUAAUAUUCGGUGUCUCUCCUCGGUCAGGAUGUUUAAUGAAGUAUUUGAUCUGUCUCAGCUAAUACAUUUAAAAGCUUUCUUUAGUUAAUUAAGUUUAAUUUUGCUAAGAGGUAAAAGAGGUAAAAAUACCGUUUUCAGCCUCCAGUUUGGCUUCGUGUGAGGUGCUUAAGGCGACACGCUGUCCUGGGUUCGAGGGAUGGGAUUAUUCUUUCCAGCUGUAGGUCAGAGGAGAAUUGGCCCAUUUCAAGCUCACUAAAGUUCUAGAUGUAAAAGCCUUUUGCUAUUUUACUUUAAAUUUUUUAAUCCUAGUCAUGUCCAGUUCCCCAGUGGUAACUCCCUCUGCAACUGCAGAACCCCGUCCUAACUGAGGGGAGACACCAAACAUCUGACGUGUGCCCUCCCUGACCACUUCUUUUCACUUGCUAGAGUUCGGGUCGUUUGGAUCAUGUAUAUAGAAUCUCUCCUGCAGUGCAGCACCUCAACCAGCCAGCAGGGGUCACAAUUGCAUUAGGAAUUGCAUUGAUGAACCCAUUUGACCAUCCUUUUCUCUUGGACACUGUGCCUGUGUGGGCACCCAGUUGGUCAAUAGCACAGCUGAGAUUCGAUCUCAGUGCUUGUGGGUUAGUGUGUUAGAGCGCUGCACCACCCGAGGAGAAAAUAAUGGUAACUUUGAGUAAAUAAAGGUAGAGCUUUUAUUUAGGUAGUUCCCCUGCUCCCACCACCCCUGAUUUAGCUGAUUUAAGGUUUGAUCAUCUCACAAGUGUGAUCAGGUGUUCAAGUGUCAUAACUCUUAAAGUUUAAGUCCUUUUUAAAUUCUGAACAUUUGAAUCUCAUGUUUUUUGGAUGCAGUUUUUGAUCUGUACUAUCAGCGGGGUGUUAUUAGGCGUUCACUUGGACUAGACCCGUACCUAUAAUCUGUCUGUAAUAAGGACGAGUAAUUUAACUGCACGUGAUCAGCUUCGUAGCAGCAGUGAAAACUAAAGCAAAGCUCUGAGCCGUAACACGUGCUGACCCGAUGACCUGCUCGUUCAGUUUUGGUCGAGCCGAUUGAGGCGGCAGCAUUUAGGAUUAACGUGAAUGUGGUUCUCCGUGUGUGGAGGCUGAAAGGUGCAGAUUUGAUCCAGAGCUGUUACAGAACUCACACAUUUCUUGAUGGCAGUUACAUUUACACUCAUCUGUGUUCUGUAGAAUCAGGGUGUGUGUGUAACACGGUGCAUAUAAAUAAAUCAAUAAAUAAAGGUCAUAAAAUAUG